AUCGUAAUAGGUUGGUGCAGAAGACAAACGCUAGAGAAUGUUUCGAUAACAUCGCGGCCUCUAGUGAUGGGCGCGGCGGAUUCAUGUGGUGACGUUGGCUGCGGUAUCAUAGGCGCCGGCGCGGUAGAGGCAGAAAAUGUGCAGGUGGUGAGGGUACCAAAGCAGGACAGAGGCACCCGUCAUGGCCAGGCACCGCAAUGUGCGCGGGUACAACUAUGAUGACGAUUUCUGUGAUGAUGACAUGUAUGGACAGUCAGUAGAGGAUGACUACUGUAUCUCACCAGCAACAGCUGCUCAGUUCAUAUAUUCUAAAAGGGACAGGCUUUCAAGCUGUACAGAGCCCUUGGAAGAGGAGGAAGAUGGGUGUGAAGACGAUGACAAAUCCAAAGUUUCCUGUACUACCCUAAGUCCUUUUGAUCAAGCUCGAUUGUAUUCAUGCCUUGAUCACAUGAGAGAAGUCUUAGGAGAAUCUGUAUCAGAGAAGAUCAUGAUUGAUGCAGUAUUGCAAAGUGGCUUUGACGUGGCAAAGGCCCUGGACCGAAUCUUUAAGCAGGACAGCAACUCCAGCAAGAAGCCCGUUACCCAAGAUGUCUCCAGUGCUGAAAGACCAGGAAAAGAAGCCUUAUAUACUUCUUUACAACACUUAUCCAACGACCAACCUUUAUCUUCCUUACUUCCAAACAUAUCAGAAUGUGCUGACAGUUCAGCAUUUUGCUUGAAGAACCCAACCAGUAGACCGCAAAGUAACAUUCUUUUGGGUGAUGGCUUGGAUAGUAGCAGGAAUUUGGCAGGGAAUAUCUUAUCAGAUUUCCCUCCCGAUUUGUCUUUAUUGGCCCUCUUAAAAGAAGGCUCUCAGCAGAACUUUGACAAUGGGAAACCUGUUGCAUUAUCUCAAAUGAGUCUACUGGAUUUAUUGAACCAUUCACCUGUUAACUCUGGUACUUUGAGUGACUUAGAUCUUUCCACAUCUAUUCACUGCUCAGCCCAGUUUCCUGAUUUCAUGCAGAUAGGUCAAUCUAGUACCUCUGUGAAUGUAAUAAAACCUAAAGAUAUGGCUGCUAGUGGCCUACAUGGUUCCCAAAUAUCUUCCUACCCCAAAAACAUUGGGCCAGAAAAUCACACCCUGUGUGAAAAGGCCACUUUGUUUGGAAACUUAAGUUCAGUCUUACAUUCUGAGGAUAGUAUGUCCUCUGAUGGAGAAAAUCUCUCUGUACCAAAGUAUGGAAGUCCAUCACUGGCUGAUCUGAUCCAGGAGCACAAAGAGAAGAACUCUUUACAAGAACUUAUGAUUGAUUCCCCUCAGAAGAAUCAGUGUAACAAGGACAUGAAGACUGGUUCUUUUGUUCCAUUGUCUCAGUUAUCUGCCGGGCCUAAUGCAGAUUAUGAGAUACCGUCACUGACAACAUCGCUGUCAUCCCUUGCAGUUUCUCAGAGCACUGAUCAGAUAGAGAGUCAGGUUUCCCUGUCUGAUCUCAUUGCUAAAGCUAGUAACAAACCUCAUGAUGAUCUCCACACUUUGCUUCAGUCCAGUGGAGUGACCCUUACUGAGACUGAUACCAACAUUGAUCUCCGCUAUCUCAUUAGCGAUCCUCUUGGUGGUCUCAGUCCUUCCAGUCUUAUAAGGAAGCCAACUGCCCCUGAACAGUUGGAACCCAAACACCCCAGUGACAUAUGUAUACGUUCUAUGAAAAUGCCAUUUUCAAAAAAUCGCAAGAAACCCUGCCAUUGGGUCAAGUCCUUGAAAGCUAAGCCUUCCACAUUUGCAUUGAGUUUGUGUUUUACCUACAUUCCCAAAGCGUUUAGGAAGUCUUCAGUAACUGUUCCACCAGAAUGUCAAAAUAAUGAAUUAAAGCUGACUACUGACAUGGGUGGAGCAGCCAUCAUACCCUUUGACUUUCAGAGUCCCUCCCCUGAUGACAUUGUAAAAGAGAGUCAGAAAAAGGCUUUUAUGAGAUAAAGUAAAGCAUGUCUUAAUAUAGAAGUUUCCUCUUUUUAUAGUCAAAUUGUCUGGAUAGUAUGUACAGUUGCCACAGAUCAGUAUAUAUCGUUAUAUUUUAGAAAAAAUAUUAUUUUUAUAUUUCAUUAUAAGUUGAGGAUUUUUAAUACUUUUAGAUCCAAAAGCAGUAUUUUUUGCUUGACAGUAUUUUUGACAUUAACGGAAUCCUUUUGGAAAAUUGGGUUAUUGGCGAGAAAAGUAGUAUGCACUGUAUUUUUGUAAAGCCUGCCUUAUAACUGACUAUUUUAUCAAUUACUCUUCUGGUGAUUAGAACACAUUUUUACUUUUAGCUUUAAUGUAUUUGUAUCAAAUGCUUUUUCCUACAAAUAAACUGCCAGUGAAAACCACAUUGCAAACAUAGUUGGUCCAUAUUCAGGCACCGCCGAUGAAUUAUACUCUGAUCACUCCAAGCACCUUUCUGUGCGAUACGAGGAAAUCUCAGCCAGGACCAAAGCAUAGUCUGUUGUAAUCAGACCCGAAUAUUUUUUUUUUUUAACACAGUCCUGCAUGCAGAACUUUUUUUUCCCAUCUAAAAUAACGGAUCUUGGGCGGAAAUGGCUAAAAUGGGUGCCAGAUGUGCAUAAAUGAGCAUAACUGAUGCUUAGAUGCUUAAAAUAUAAGACAGUGGCAGAUCAGAAGAACGGGAAAAUAAACGGUGAUGUGAACCCGGCCUCACCUAGUUUUCUUCAUUUUUUAAACAGGACCUGUUUCACCUCUCCUGACAUGUCUGUUUUAGUAAAUGCAUGUAAUCCCCAUGAAAUAACAAUUGUGGAGCAUCUUUUCUUUAGACUCUGCAUUGUUCCUUUCCUCUCCUAUUUCCCAUAGAAAUAUAUGAAUUGACAACUCUUGUGUUCCCUUGCCAAAGAG